AUGACCAUGAGUUCGUUUUUGAUCAGCUCCAGUUAUGUGGACCCCAAAUUCCCACCGUGUGAGGAAUACUCCCAUAGUGAUUACCUUCCCAACCACUCUCCAGAGUAUUGUGGCAAUCAGAAGAGAGAAAACAGCUUCCAGCAUGGAGCAACCUACCCCCGAGCAGCCUGCACCAGCCAGCGCUACUCCUCCUGCCAGGGCUCCGCACGCCAGGCUUCCAUGUUGGCUCCCCGGACUCACCCCAAGUUGGGCUCCUUCCUGAAGACAAGAGCACGAGCCCCAGUCCACCUCCGUCCUGCAGCCAAAUGUCUAUGGAGCACAAGCCCCCAGCAUCCUCCUGCCAGAGCCCAGUGGUCUACCCCUGGAUGAAGAAGGCGCACCUCUCCACUGUCAAUGCCUCUUAUUCUGGGGGAGAACCCAAGCGCUCCCGCACAGCCUACACCAGACAGCAAGUCCUGGAGCUGGAGAAGGAGUUCCACUACAAUCGCUAUCUGACUCGCAGGCGAAGAGUCGAGAUUGCGCACACCUUGCGUUUGUCUGAGCGUCAGAUCAAGAUCUGGUUCCAAAACAGGAGGAUGAAGUGGAAAAAAGACCACAAGCUUCCAAAUACUAAAAUAAGGUCCAACCCAACGUCAAGCCACCAGGGGACUGAGGGACCCCAGAAUCAGGGCAAGGGGUCCCCAACAGUCCCAAGCCUGCGCUGUUCAGCCUCCAUAGAAAACUAG